AUGGCAGCCAUCAGAGAGAAAUGGUGGAUCCCGAAAUUACGAUCCAAAGUGAAGAAGACGAUCAAUGAGUGCAAAACCUUCAACACAAAGCCAUAUGGAGAGACAGCGACAGCAGACAUGCCAACUUUUCUCACUGAAAGCAGCAGACCAUUCCAAACAACGGGUGUGGACUUCGCCGGGCCACUGGAAUACAAGGCUACAGCAGAGUGGAUACGUCAGAUAAGGAAGAGUGAAGCAUUGCAGGAUUUCCUCGCAAGACAACAGAUCCAUUGGCAGUUCAAUCUUGCUAAGUCGCCAUGGUGGGGAGGAAUGUAUSAGCGUUUAAUUAAAGAAGUGAAGAAAACGCUGUUCAAGACUUUGGGAAGGGCGAGCCUAGAGUUUCAACAGAUUGAAGCCAUUGUAAUGGAUGUCGAAAGACACCUAAACAACCGACCUUUGACAUACGUCGAAAGCGAAGGAUUUGAAGAGCAAGUUUUAACGCCAAACAUGAUCAUGUGGGGACAAGAUGCCUAUCCUGUAGAAGACAUCGAGUUAGACACAGGCGAAACAACUAAGCUUCAUAAGCGACUUGCUGAAAAGAAACAGCACGCAUGGCAAAGAUGGAAAACAGAGUAUGUACAUGGGCUUAUUGAAUGUCAUCGUAUCAAAAAAGGUACAAAUGCGCAUCCAGAGACUGGCGACAUAGUGCUACUAGUGGGAGACGAAAAGAAUAGAGGGGAGUGGAAGAAAGGCAAAGUUACGCAGCUGAUACGAGGAAAGGAUGGUGUAAUUAGGGGAGUGAAACUGCUAGACCGAGGACACCACCUUGAGAGACCUCUGUCUCUCAUUUGCCCCUUGGAAAUCAAAGCUGAAGCUAAACCAAUAGCAAUUGAAACGCAACAGCAAACCACAUACCAUAGAAGUACCAGACAAGCAGCGCAGAAUGCAAAGCGUGCCAUAAGGAAGGCACUUGAAGCAGAAGAGCUAGAAAACUGA